UGCAACACUACCUACCACCGUUCGUCCUUCUUCUUUCUUUCUUUCUCUAGCCACCUUACACCUAUUCUUUUAAAUUAACUGCACCAUAUGCAUAUAUCAUAUCACAUGCCACAUUCAUUCAUCUCAUCAAAUAACACUAACAUACUUAGCAACAUAUAAAUAAAAUCAAACCGCACAAAGACGAGGCACUAAGUGUCACCCCUCCCAUCCAAAAGCCAAAAGGCAUAGAGAAUCGUGUUAAAUGGGAAUCCUAUUCCCACUGUCCCAAUCCUCACAACGUUAUCUGCUUGUAACUUUGGCCAUGCCAUGCCCCCCCUUCUUCAAAUUCAUCACACACACCACAUGAACUUGUUCUAAGCCAUGCCCCCUUGCUUAAGCCUCUAUUUUUUCAUCAACCCUUUUUCACUUUUCUAGCUAUAUCUCCCCAAAUGGCUGCUUGUGCUUUGUUCACCACCAACAACAACGCUGCAAGUUCCACUAGUACUACUCCUUUGACCAGUGCUUCUAACUCGAGCAACAUGAGCAACGAUGAACAACAACACAACCUACAUGCCAUGCCACACCCUACUACCACUCAUUGUGAGAGAAAAAUGGUCAGAAAAAGAAUGGCUUCUGAGAUGGAUGUUAACGUUCAUGUUCACGCCACUCCUCCACACAACAACAACUCUUCUUCCACGAGUGAUUAUCCUAGGUUUCCUCGUAGAAGCAGCUCCAACAUGAACAUGUUAGAAAAAGGGGCCACCACCUCAGCAGCAACAACAACGAUAGCCGCAGGUACUUCUAGUAGUAAUAAUAAUAAUAAUAAUAAUAACUAUUAUAAUAAUAAUAACAAUAGUAAUAAUAAUAGUAACAUUUCGUCAAGAGAUAACGUUGCUAUUCCAAAUUACCCCACUGUGACCGUCACUACCAACUACUCCACUAUGUUGCUACCUUCUUCCACCACCAUCAAUUCCUCUGGUGUGCCUCCAAACUACAGCCACCAACACCACCAUUUCCAAGGACUCGUUGAAAGCCAAAGCCACGACCAGCAAAACCCUCUCCCUGCAGUGUGUGGAUUCUCAGGGUUACCACUCUUUCCUUCUCAAAGCACAAGAAAACGUGAGAACAGCAACAACAACAGCAACAUAAGAAACAGUGGUGGUAAUAUUGUUGACGUGGUGGCUUCUUCUUCUUCUUCUCCUUCCAUGGAUGACACUUCAGCAGCGACAAGUGGUUGGAUCGAUGGUAUAUUGAAGGAUCUCAUUCACAGUUCCAACAGUGUUUCAAUCCCUCAACUUAUCAGCAACGUGAGGGAGAUUAUAUACCCUUGCAAUCCCAACCUCGCUAUGGUUCUUGAAUACAGGUUGCGUCUUCUUCUCACUGAUUCCACCCCGCAAAACAAAAGAGGUGGCGCAGAAGGGGUUUCUCUUCCUCCUCCUGUGUCCUCAGCCAAGCUCAUGAACCGUGUUGAUGGCAUUGUUCCUAAUUUACACUUCACAGAUGCUUCAGGUGGUGCUGUGGUUGUGAAUCAGCACAUGUUGUCCAAUUGGGGUGUGCCUCCAAUCACUCACCAUGAUAACAACAACAAUAACACCACCAACACCACCAACAACAACGCUUCAGUUUCUUUGGUUACUUUGCCUUCACCACCACCCCAUUAUUCACCACCACAAGAGAAGCAGCCUCAAGAGGAAGAUCUAGGAGCAACCAGCACUGCUGAGGUGGCACUGACAAGAAAAAAGAAAGAGGAGUUGCGGGAACAGAAGAAGAAAGAUGAAGAGGGUUUGCAUCUCCUCACUUUGCUGCUUCAGUGUGCCGAAGCGGUUUCAGCUGAGAAUCUAGAAGAUGCCAACAAGAUGUUGCUGGAGAUUUCUCAAUUGUCAACACCUUUUGGCACUUCAGCACAGCGCGUGGCGGCUUAUUUCUCAGAAGCCAUAUCAGCAAGGUUGGUGAGUUCAUGUUUGGGGAUAUACGCCACUUUGCCUCACACCCAUCAAAGCCACAAGGUGGCAUCAGCUUUCCAAGUUUUCAAUGGUAUUAGUCCUUUUGUCAAAUUCUCACACUUCACCGCAAACCAAGCCAUCCAAGAAGCUUUUGAAAGGGAAGAGAGGGUGCACAUCAUAGAUCUGGAUAUAAUGCAAGGGUUGCAGUGGCCAGGUUUGUUUCACAUUCUAGCUUCAAGACCUGGUGGAGCCCCUUAUGUGAGGCUCACGGGGCUUGGUACCUCCAUGGAAGCACUUGAAGCCACGGGUAAGCGUUUGUCUGAUUUUGCAAAUAAACUUGGCCUUCCCUUUGAGUUCUUCCCCGUGGCUGAGAAAGUUGGGAACCUUGACCCUGAGAGGCUCAAUGUUAGCAAAACCGAAGCCGUCGCUGUUCACUGGUUGCAACAUUCCCUCUAUGAUGUCACUGGCUCAGACACCAACACUUUAUGGCUAUUGCAGAGGCUGGCACCUAAAGUGGUGACAGUGGUGGAACAAGACCUUAGCAACACUGGUUCAUUCUUGAGGAGGUUUGUGGAAGCCAUACACUACUACUCAGCAUUAUUUGACUCUCUUGGUUCAAGCUAUGGUGAGGAGAGUGAGGAGAGACAUGUGGUGGAACAACAACUAUUGUCUAGGGAGAUUCGGAAUGUGCUAGCUGUUGGGGGGCCAUCAAGGACUGGAGAGCCAAAGUUUCACAACUGGAGGGAAAAGCUUCAGCAGUGUGGCUUUAGAGGUAUAUCUCUAGCUGGUAAUGCUGCCACACAAGCUAGUCUACUCCUUGGUAUGUUUCCCUCUGAGGGAUACACCUUGGUGGAGGACAAUGGCAUCCUUAAACUUGGUUGGAAGGACCUUUGCUUGCUCACUGCUUCAGCUUGGAGACCUCCCUUCCAUAGUGGCACUGCCAUUACACAUCACAACUAGCUAGGCUUUUGCGUUGGCCUUGUCAUCAUCAUCAUCAUCACAUUCUGAUCCUAUGUAGCAUCCAUCGUCCCUCUUUGUUUAGAGAGAGAUUGUUCGGUGAUUCCAAAGCAUGUGAUUUUUCUUGCCUAAUGUGUACCACUUCAACAGUAACAUAAAAAGAAAAAGAAAAAUAGUUAAAAUAGGAAACAGUGAUGAUGACCAAAUGGUUGAAGGGGUGCCCACUUAAGAUAUAACGCAAGAAAGUUCUCUUGCUCGGGGAGCACUUGAGAGUUUUUCUAAUAGUAUUUUAUUCAGAGAACUUAUAAGGAUGUUACUUUUAUAUUCAGAGAGUUGGAUAAUAGUUGCUGGAUUUCUCAUUCUCGCUAAAUGUUUAGAUCGGUUACAAGUAUUACCUGCAGUUUAUUACUACUGUCUAGUGGAAUUUUUUGUUACCUCAAAUUAAUAUGACCAUUGUUGGUUGUUCAGUUUGGUUUGGAACAGUGGCUUGAAUGGCUUCUCAACCGCGUGAUAUUAGCACAAAGGAAAAGCAUAUUCUAAAUUUGGAAUUUGGAUACCUUCA